AUGGGUGUUCAUACUGAUACCUGGGAUAUGGUAACUACCUAUUUAGUUGUAUCGAAGCUAGAUUCUGAAACUAUAAAACUGUGGGAACAACAAAUUAUCACAAAUUGUAAUACCGACAUACCCACUUGGCCGGAAUUAAGAGAUUUUUUAGAAGCAAGGUUCAGAGCUUUGGAAAUGAUAGAUAGUACCAAAGGAAAAACGGUGCAACCUAAACUGGUAGCUAAACCUAAGGUUUUCCAUUCAAAUGUUACCAGCAGCGACGGAAAAAAGCCCGAAACAAAAUGUGCUUUGUGUGGUGGUGAACACUACAUCUAUUCCUGCAAGAAGUUUGGAGAUAAGUCUCCGUCUGAAAGACAAGACUUUGUACAGACGAACAAGUUAUGCUUCAAUUGCUUAGCGCCUACACACUCCGUGAAGAAAUGUCGUCAGUCAUCGUGUUGUAAAAGGUGUGGACGGCGGCACCACACACUUCUGCACUUCGAGAGAGGACAGCAGAACGAGAAGCCGAAGGAAGGUGAAACUUCAACUACAGGUAUAGCGAUCAACAAAUCUACAG